UUUUUAAACCCUGUAGCCAAUACGCAGCUGAAAAUAACAAAGGCCGCAAUUAUGCAUGUUGUGGGCUUUCCAGGGGAUGCAAAUUUUGAUUGACGGAUAGUUGGCAACUCUGGGCCUUUGUAGGUGCAAGCCUGACACGGGACCCCCUGCUUCAAUCUGGCUGAAGUGUCAGUAAGCCCCCAACAAUCAAAUAAACUCUCCAUCAUCCAAGGAGCCAGUGAUGCUGAUAUUCAGGAUUGACAUAUCAUUGAGAAUUGUGGCUAGUGAUCAACUGAUGAACUUGACUUGCAGGGUAGUCCUGAGAUUGGGAAAUGGGGAUCACAUGUCAUCAGGAUAAGCAUUUAGGCUUUUGUGGCUUCCCUGUUACCUCUGGAAAUUGCUUGCAGGAGUGAAUGCAAAUUUUGUAAGCUAAAAUAUUUCAUGAAGUAAGGUGGUUGUAUAUUAGAUAAUGGGUGUUACCAAAGUUACCUGUCAAUAUGCAUUGACCACAGCCAUGAAGGCUUCACAAGAAUGAAGAAACAAGAACACUUGAAAAAGAGACCGGCUGUCUUUUAUGAGGAGCCGGGCAAUGAGGGCCACAUGGUACUCAACGUGCCGGAGUCGCUGGCCGGCCGAGACGGCGUCAUCCGGCUACGUCAGGUGGCCGCCACCGACGGCAGCGUCCACUACGUGCCGGCCAAGUACCCGGACCACGGGGCCGACUCAUCCGAGGAGGACGAAAGAAGCACCAAAAAUGCCUCUGAAAAUUCUUCUAAUGCCUCUACUCAGCAGCCGCCGGCGGCGGCCGGCUGGCCGGAGCGGUGCUUCGUGUGCGGCGACUGGGCCGACUCGGGCCUGGUGCCGCUGAUCGCCGGCCGGCCGCCGCUGGUGGCGCUGCUGGUGGAGGCGGCCGGCCGAAAUCUGCUCGUCGGUCCAGCAGAUGGCGCUUGCGCCGUGUGCGCCGGCCUGCUGGCGCGCUGCGACCGGGCCGGCUCCGUCCGACGGGACGCGUCGGACCACAUCCAGACCACGAUGCUGGCCAGGCUGCCGGACGAUCGGGCCACCCGUCCCGCCGACGCGGGGACCGGCUCGAGGCCCACGGGCGGGCGCUGUCCGACCCUGCUGAGCGGGCCCGGUCAGAGGACGCCCUCCAACGGCAGAGCGGGCUUGAGGACGCCACGACGGCCCUACACCAGGCACGCUCAGCCCCCUGGCGGCCAGCUCCAGGGGACGGCUCUUGCGGCUGGCGGGGUGGCGUUGCAGCCGCCGGUCGUCUCCGAGCCGGCGCCGGGCCCGCGUUGUCCUGUCUGCCGGCUGCCGUUCCGCUCGGCCGCCACGCUGCGCGGCCACAUGAACCGGCACACGGGCCAGCGGCCGCACCGCUGCCCCGACUGUCCGGCCGCCUUCGCCUCCCCCUCGACGCUGUUCAUGCACCGGCGCUUCCGCCACACGGGCGAGCGGCCGUACGCCUGCCACGUGUGCGAGCGCCACUUCGCCACGCGCGCCAUCCUUCUCGUGCACCGGCGCCGCCACACCGGCGAGCGGCCGUUCAGCUGCCCGCACUGCGUGCGCGCCUACACGAGCCGCAACGCGCUCAGCCAGCACGUGCGCUCGCACGCGCCCGCCGCGCCGGUGACGGAGAUCGUGGUGACGGUGAACAGGCGGGCGCACGCGAGCCUUCGGUGAGAAGCGGGCGCCGCGCCGGUGACGGAGAUCGUGGUGACUGUGAACAGGCGGGCGCCCGCGAGCCUUUGGUGAGAAGCGGGCGCCGCGAUUGCCAGGUGCGCUGGAAGUUGCGUGGCACGCGGCGCCGGCGGGUUCCUGCGGCGCGCUGUCGACUGGGGGAGGGGGUGGCUUGAAGGAGUGUCGGCCCGCUCGUGUAUGUCGGUGACUCUCCGAGGUCGUCGCCGUUCCUCGGCCACGCCCAAGCCUGAACCGGCUUUUUUGCACAACCAAUGACCUUUCCAUUGCUGUGUCGUCUUAACGCGGAGCAGAUUCGGCGGGCCUCGCAUGUGCAAGAAUGCCUUGUGUUCCGCUUCUCGAGCUGUUUAACGGUGCUUUUCUUGUCCGAUUCUGAAAAUAAAUUCCUAUGUAAUUGUUGCA